AUGAUCCCGGAAGGUGAGAAGCACGCUGUGAACGAUUACACCGUGAAGAAGUGCGUCCUUGAUGCCAAAAGAGACGGCUUGCCCCCGGCCACCUUGAAGAAAUGGUGCACUGACCUGAACCGAGACUUCUACGUGCAGGAUGACGCAAGCUUCAUCAAAGCAUGGUCGGGGGACGUUGGGAGUCAGGGGUCGCCCAGGGGAGAGCUCCGCGACAAGUGGGAAAAGAACAACAGCCGUAAGAAACGGAAGGAGCAACGGCAGCAGCGAGAGGGACAGAGUCAGGAGCCUGAAGCAGUUCGACCCUGCCGUCGACCAAACCGGAGGGAACUGCGGGAACUGCGGGAAGAACUUCCUGAGGUGUUAGCAAGCCUGCAAGCUGCGCGUCAAGAUGUUCAGCAAGGUCCACUGAUGGCCGUGAAGCAGUUGGCUCUGCUGGUGCAUCCCGAUAAGACACAGCACCCGCGUGCCGUGGAGCAUCGUGGAGCUUCUGCAGACGCACAGUCUGUUGGGCACGGAGAAGAACCUGGUGCCAAAGAAGCGUUCCAGCGCUUGGCCCCAGAAUUGCGCCGAGUGAGCGAGACGAUCAUCUCAGGGGGCCACCGUGCCACGGGCGUCAGAAUGUCCAUCUCUGGUGGGGCCCUGAUAGGCGACCGCAACGACGACAACGCUUCGGCGGGUCCUGCGCCGAGCUGCCUGCUGCACUCUGACGAGCGACGGGUGGUGCCCUACUUCCUGGAGCCUGAUUCCGAAAAGCCUCUGCCUGUGAAGGCGAUGGAGGACCUCUAUUUCUUUGAAACGGAAAACGCCGCGGUGGCGAUCGCCCACGGCUCGUGCCCAAGUGGAUUCGCGCGUGGGAUUCGCGAACUCCCGGACCCCGGAUUUUACAAAUACUCGCCCAGCUAUUUGUCUCCUGGAUUGGUCCAGUUCAUGGGGUGCGAGCAGGUGCGACGCUGCCCACCGGGCUACUAUUGCUCUCGAGGGGGGCUCAACCCACCUUUGGCCUGCGGCAAAGGGGUGCUCUGUAAUGAGUCCGGCUUGGUGACGCCCAGGCCUUGCCCUGCAGGCUUCUACUGUCCCACCUCCCUGCUGGCCUUGGAAUGUUUCCAGGGGAGCUUCUGCCCGGAGCGGAGCAUGGUGCCCCGCUAUGCUCCUGGUCGCAGUGCAAGGUUUCUAUUGCCCGAACCCGUGUUCCGAACACAAAUGCCCAUCAGCUCUCCGCUGCCGGACGGCAUUUCUUCGAAGCGCACGCUUCGGCACCCGCCCACGCGGAAGUAUCUGCCGCCGGAGCAGGGCGAUGAGGUUGUAGUGCGAUAUUCCCUGACACUUGCGGGGCAACAGCUGCAAAGUACAGGCGGCGACAGCAUCGCCUUCACCAUUGGUGCUGCCGCCAGCCAAGGGCCGCCCCUGCGGGUGCUGCAGACGCUGGUCCGGCAGCUGUAUCAAGGUGAGGACGCGGAGUUCACCAUUGAGCUCGGCAUGUUGGAGGACCUAAGCUUGGACGGCUGGGCGCCGAACACCCAGACACAGCUGCAGCUGGAACUGGUGAAAUGUCCCCUGCGGGAGGAUCUCUUCGGCGAUCAAGGUGCCAUCAAGCGCAUCAUCAAAAGCUCUGAAGGUCGACACCCAAAGGAUGGAGAUGAAUGUCAGGUGUCCUACAAAAUCACUGAAAAAGGUGCCGCCGGUCCGCCCCUCUCCGUGGAGGAAGGUGUCUACAAGAUCGGCGGUAUGGCGCCGCAGCUAGGGCAACUGGCACAGGUCUUUGACAAAGCUUUGUUGUCGAUGAAGUUGAAGGAGGAAGUCGUGGUGACAUGCCGCCCCAACGGCCCCUUUGGGCCGAAAGCCGGGCAAAGUUUGGAGAUCUCCUUGACCUUAGAGGAGAUCUUCCAAGUGCACGAUGUGAGCCUAGGCAAGUACGAUGGGGCGGUGCUUCGGAAGCGGCUCAAGGAGGGUGCUGGCCCGCACCGCUUGCACGACACGGGCCGUGUGCGCGUGAGGGUGCUCACUGUGACCUCCAAUCGUGACAAGGUGAGUGGCCGUCCCUUCGAAGUGAGUUUUGUGGCAGGAGAUGGUGAGGUCUGCGACGCAAUGGAAGGAGCAGUUCUUGGCCUCCAGGAAGGUGAUGAGCUCAUGUUGCGCGUCAUGGAGCCUGCCUGCUGCGAGGGCUUGAUCGAGAUCGAGACACCAUUGGAAGCGCCGGUCAUGGUGCAUUUCACGGUGCUAGAGGUUCAGCAAGUCCCCGAAAAGUGGGACCUGGCGCCUCCCGAGCGCUUGGAGCGGGCCGUUGCGCGGCGGCACCUUGCAGGGCGCUUGUUUCAGGCGCAACGGCUGAGGCUCGCAGCGAAACACUACCAGGAGAUUGCUUCGUUUCUAGCCCGGCCGGAAGAUUUCAAGGAGCAGCGGGCGGAAGCCUUGGAGCUGCGGCGCGUGGCCUUUCUCAACGAAGCCGCUUGCAUGCUGCAGCUGGGAGAGAUGUCACAUGUCAAGGAUUUGUGCGACAAAGUGCUGAAAGAGGAGCCGGAACAGCCCAAGGCGCUCUUCCGCCGCGCGAAGGCGCUGCUGGCGCUGAAGGAACAUCAGGCUGCGGUGGAGGAUUUGCAACGCUUGAAGGAAGUGGAUCCAUCGAAUGUCGCAGGGCAACGCUUGCUGCGGGAAGCCAAGGAGGAGCUGCGAAAGCAGGAUCGCGUCUCUUCCAAGACCUACUCCAAGAUGUGCGCAGGUCUGGGCGACUUCCCCGAAGACCUUCGGGCGCCAAAGACGUCGCCAAAUUCGUUGGUGGAAGCGCCGGACUUGGAGGAGGAGUAUGCCAAGUUGUCGCGCGAAACUGGGGUGCCAUUGCACCGCCUGAAGCCGGUGAAGUAG